GCGGGCACGAGCGGGCGGAGUGAAAGUGCACACGUGGACACCUGAGACCGACGUCAGCUCCAGCCAAUGGCGGCACGUUCUGAUGACGACAGCUCCCUCGGUCAUCCAAUGGGAGAGUUUACAGCAUAAACAGUUUGAGAGUCGGAAAAUUUAGGGGAGAGAGAGAAAGAAAGAAAGAAAGAAAAAAAAAGAGGAGGUUGUGAAACGAGUCUGGACUGGAGGAGACAGCCGAUGUUUACUUCGUGUCUCGUCGAGGGACAGAAGGGGGACAUCUCUCUGAUUCUACACGGGGGAAAUGAUCUGUGGGAUGAGACAGUGAGGAUGUUGUGAUUUUCUUUGGUUGAAUAUAACUUGGAAACUUUUCAUCUCCAGGAUCAGACACACUUGGGAUUGAGGUGUCGUGAGUCAUGGGAAGCUUCAAGGGCCACGCGCUCCCCGGAAGCUUCUUCCUGGUCGCUGGGAUCUGGUGGACAGCAAAGCACUCCCUCUGGUACGCCACCCGCAGGAACAAGAAUAUAGGUUCCACCCGGCUGGCCAGCCGAGCCUCGCAGCGCCGCCUGGAGAUCAUCGAGAGCUCCGUCGUCGUCUUCUUCUCUUUCAUGGGGAUGCUGUUAGAGCAGUUUGCUGCAAAUGGGCCGAGAUUGCAGCUGUACAACUUAGCAGAGAAGCACUGGGAAGAUCUGAUGAACUGGCAGCACGCCACCAUGUAUCUGUUCUUCGGCCUGGCCGGGACCGUGUGCCUGAUCAUCCACACCACAGAGGCCGCUCCGCUGGCACUGGAUAGGUUGAUGCUGGCGAUCGCGUUCUUCAACGAAGGGUUUCUUUUCCUCUACCACCUCCAUGGCAGGAGUAUGCUGGAUGUCCAUGUCCAUCAGCUCCUUCUCUAUGCCAUCUUUGGUGACGCUCUUGUCGCCUUCCUGGAGGUCUUCCACCGAGGCAACAUCCUCCUGGAGCUGCUGCGCUGCACCCUCACCAUCCUGCAGGGCAGCUGGUUCUGGCAGAUUGGCUUUGUGCUGUACCCUCCCCACGGCCCUGAGUGGGACCUGACGGAUCACAGCAACAUGAUGUUCAUCACCAUGUGUUACUCCUGGCACCUCGCCUUCGCCAUGCUCGUCGUGAGCGUGCUCUACUGCACCGUCAGCUGCGUGGUUCGCUCCAGAUUGAAGAGGACUCCUCCGAUGGAAAUGGGACUUCUGAAGCCCCGAGAGAGGGAUCCGGAGUCAGAGGAUGAGAUUUUAUGAGAAAGGACUGAUGAAUGCCGACGUUGUGACUCACGUAUAUCACAAUUAAAUCAGGGAUAUGACGUUCCAGCAGCAGGACGACUAGAGGCAAGACAGAAAAGGGAGACGGACACGUUUUCUGGAUGCUUUACUUUAGAAAUAUGUCUCUACCUCUGCUUUAUUUAAUCAACUGUAAACCCUUCCAGCCUUACUCUUACUGUUAUUUGCUAUUUAUUUUACGGUGGCCUAACAUUUUACAUAAUGCUCUCUCAUAUCAUCAUCACUUCUUUUUCUUUUUUUUUUCUUUUUUUUUACACGUUCAUUUUGCACACACAGUUUGAAUGAACACAAAAUCAUAAAGGAACGCUUUUUUUAUGGAUCGCAUGCUUUUGUCAGACCUUUUGGUGUUCGGUAGCGCCAUCCAGUGGUGAAACCUCAUCAUCAUCAUCAUCAUCAUCAUCAUCAUCAUCAUCAUCAGUACAGCAUAUAGGAAAGCAUGUCUUAAUCACUUUAUGUAUUUUUUGUUUUAUGAUCUUAUGAAGUUUGUUCAGACAUUUGAAUCAAACGUAAACAAAAUGUAAGACCUUUAUUAAAUGGUUUAAUGUUUAAUA